CCUCCUUGCUCCUAGCUCCUCCUUCUCUUUUCCCCCCUUCAUAUUCUCUCUCUUCUCUCUCUCUCUAGAACCAGAAAUUUCACCCAAAAUCAGCUCUCUUGAAAAGGGGGAAGGGGUCUUCUAUUUAUAGGCAAUUUGGCUCCGGGGAAGUUCGCGGCCUGAGGCAAGGAGAUCGCGGUCGUGAUAUUCGGUCAUUGGGCCGUGAUCUCAAAAUGUUGUCAUCAAGGCAUUAAUGACGGGAGAGAUCGAGGCCUGACUUCGCGGUCGUGGCCGUGAUCUUCCCCGCGGGCAUUUUUCACAUUGGCCUUGAUUCGACUAGGGAAAGUCUAUGCCCAUCCAUGGCUCCUACCUCGCGAAGUUCACGCCCUGGGGCUCCAAGAUCGCGGUCACUAUCUUUGGCUUCUUGGCCUGGUAAAGUCCUUGUACCGAGAAGCAGAUGAAAGAGAGUUCUGCGUCUGGUAUUUUCCGUGGGCCUUCGUCGUUAUCCACACGCCUCCGAGUACGCCUCCCCGAAACCCAUGUUUCAGUCACUUCGAUUUAGGAUAUCGUAUCUGGGACAUUAAACUUAUGGCUCAUUUCAAUGGACACUAUCCACUGUCCACACUGAGGUUUCAUCCCGGGUUUCAUCUAGGAAGGCUACCUAUAGUAGGGGUUCGGUCUCCUCGACCACUAUAUGCCCCAUUCACUCAUCUAACCUAAACCCACCAGCUGGCACAUACCCGUCUAACCCUAGAACUCCUUACCCAGCGCGGUAGCAUAAAGUAGGCUAAGAGGGAAGGUUAGCGCGACUUGCCCAAGCGUCAUCAUUUAGGAAAGAGUGACGUUAAAAAUCUACUAGACAAACAAAUUCAUUCACCCAAACCCUAAAAUAUCCAUGCAUACAUAAUAAACGCUAAAACUAGGGUUUGGGAUUUAUAACCGUUGUAUCUUAGAGAACUACUCCAUAAAGGAGGGAAGAAGAUACAUGGUAUAAAUAGAAGAAGACUUGGGGUAGAAGAUGCCUCCUUGCUCCUAGCUCCUCCUUCUCUUUUUCCCCCUUCAUAUUCUCUCUCUUCUCUCUCUCUCUAGAACCAGAAAUUUUACCCAAAAUCAGCUCUCUUGAAAAGGGGGAAGGGGUCUUCUAUUUAUAGGCAAUUUGGCUCCGGGGAAGUUCGCGGCCUGAGGCAAGGAGAUCGCGAUCGUGAUCUUUGGUCAUUGGGCCGUGAUCUCAAAAUGUUGUCAUCAAGGCAUUAAUGACGGGGGAGAUCGAGGCCUGACUUCGCGGUCAUGGCCGUGAUCUUCCCCGCGGGCAUUUUGCACAUUGGCCUGAUUCGACUAGGGAAAGUCUAUGCCAUCCAUGGCUCCUACCUCGCGAAGUUCACGCCCUGUGGCUCCAAGAUCGCGAUCACUAUCUUUGGCUUCUUGGCCUGGUAAAGUCCUUGUACCGAGAAGCAGAUGAAAGAGAGUUCUGCGUCUGGUAAAUUCCUUGUACCGAGAAGCCCAUCGAUACAAGGCGUCUGGCGGAUCAAGAUAAUUCAUGAGGAGAGGACACGAAAUUCGUGGUCCUUAUCUUGAGGGGAUGAUUGUUAUGGGACAAUCUAAGUACCACAUCGGUAAUACAAGGGAAGAGACCCUUGUAUAUAAGAGUCCACCUAGCUUAAUUAGUACGAGGCCUUUUGGGAAGGACACCCACGAGUAAAACCGUGUGUGCUUGGCCCAAAGCGGACAAUAGCGUACUAAUUGAGCUCCCCGGUUAUGACAAGUGGUACCAGAGCCUCGUUUGGCAGAUCUGGGGCGGUGGACGUCAGUUUGGUGGGACGAACCUCAUUCAGUGACCUCGGGAUUCGAGAUCUGCGUUUGUCUGGCGGGUCAAAGGUGAUUCGCGUAUGUUUGGGGGAUCCAGGAGAGAUCCACAUUUGGGCUUGGCGGAUCAAAGAGAGUUCCGCAUUUGGGAAGCAGAUCAAAGAGAGCUCUGCGUCUGGUAAAGUCCUUGUACCGAGAAGCCCAUCGAUACAAGGUGUUUGGCAGAUCAAGAUAAUCACUGAGGUAAGGACACGAUGUUCGUGGUCCUUGGCUUGAGGAGAGGAUUGUUAAGGUACAAUCCAAGUACCACAUCGAUAAUAUAAGGGAAGGAACCCUUGUAUAUUAGUGUCCACUGACACGGCUCUACCGUCACACUAGAAAGUGGCCAAGUGUAACCACCUACUAGUGCGUAGUAUAGCGGUUUCAGUUCUAAUUGUCAACCCGGGUCCUAGGUGUGAUGACUACUCUGUGAAAGUCUUGUUAUCUAGCGGUUCAAGUGUAGUGAAGGUUUAGUUAAACUAGCAAGCAAAGAAGUGAAAGUUGUGUUCAAAUUGAGAGAGUUCACCCGGAUAUGGUUCCCCCUAGACUGCAGUUAAGCCAGGUUGUAAUUUACCAAGUUCAAGUUCAAGUUCAAGUUCAAUGAUAGUUAUACUGAGGGAGGUUCUUAAACAGUCUGCAGUCUCGACUAAAGGUCUCUAGCCCCUCUCAAUCUGAGUCCCCAGCGGGCGGCUAACCUCCACCGGAGUAAACAGAUUGAGGCCCUAACUAACCAAACCUCCUCUACCGAAGUAAAUCUGGUACAGAAUAGUGAAUCGACUCCUCGACGAAAGUCGUCAAUUCGCUACCUUCAAUCAAGGGUGCUCUAUCAACCAUGGCAGAUCUUCUCUUUCUAGGUCAAAGCAGAAAUAACAAGAAUUUGAUCAGGAUUCAUGUCAUUCAAGAAAUCAAACCUCAAUUGAAUAUAAUCAUAUCACUGAAAUCGUAUUUGGGUUCAUAGACCUAAAAUACAAAUCUAGGGUUCAUAGACCUAAAAUACAAAUCUAGGGUUCUUCAUACCCAGGUGAAUGAGAAAGUUACUCCAUAGAGAGAGAAGGGAAAUCUAGCUCAGAUGCGGAAACCAUACUGUGAAGGAUGGGGUUCUGCCUCUAGCAAUCAAUCAGCACUUCUCCAAGCUCAAGACGGGUUCCAAUGGUGAUGAAGAUCGAUCUAGGGCCUUGGAGAAUCAGGUUCGUCACUCUCUCUCUAGGUAUCAGCUUUGUCUCUCUAAAACUUGGAACCCUUCAAAAGAUGGCCUUCUUUUCCUUAAGAACCAGUUGUUCGCGAUCCCUUUUCGUAAUCCCCGGUCGGGUAUUUCCAGUUUCCGGCCGGGGAUUUUGAAAUGCAGCGCAGCACCAAAGGGGUUAAUACCCGAUCGUGGUCCAUAAUACCCGAUCGGGUAUUUUUGCUCUCAGGUCGGGACCCCUCCUGCUUCUUGGCGUCCAAAAACAGUUUUCCCCGGCCUCCCAUUGCAUUUUAACCGGCCAGGUAUUUUCACUCAUGGCCGGGUAUUUUGCUCUUCCAGCACCGUGCUACUCCAACGUCCCCCUUUUGACCCGAAACUCGUUUCCUCGCCUUCACGUCAAUGCCAAGUCCUGAAAUAUGACAUAAACACACAACCUAGCGUGAAAUCGGCUUAAACACGAGAAUCGACUCUCAAACGGCUCAAGAAUGGAGGUAAAAACAUGUGUAAUCAAUGGUCUAUCAUCCACCUAGCCCAAUUAGUACGAGGCCUUUUGGGGAGGAAACCUAAGAGUAAAAUCGUGCGGGCUUGGCCAAAGUGGACAAUAUUGUACUAAUUGAGCACCCCGGUUUGACAAGUGGUAUCAGAGUCUGGUUUCAGUUCGGGGCGGUGGACGUCAGUUUGGUGGAACCUCAUUCGGUGACCUCGGGAUUUGCGAUUCACGUAUGUUUGGUGGAUCCAGGAGAGAUCCACAUUUGGGCUUGGCGGAUCGAAGAGAGUUCCGCAUUUGAGAAGCAUAUCAAAGAGAGUUCUGCGUCUGAUAAAGUCCUUGUACCGAGAAGCCCAUCGAUACAAGGCAUCUGGUGGAUCAAGAUAAUUCAUGCGGAGAGGACACGAAGUUCGUGGUCCUUGUCUUGAGGGGAGGAUUGUUAUGGGACAAUCCAAGUACCACAUUGGUAAUACAAGGGAAGAAACCCUUUCAUAUUAGUGUCCACCAAGCUCAUUAGUACGAGGCCUUUUGGGGAUGACACCCAAGAGUAAAAUCGUGUGGGCUUG